UAAACUUAUUAAAUAGAUUUAUGCUUGUUGGUUCGAUCAGAUUUCAAAUUACCUUGCAUGAAAGACCACUAUGCAGAGUCUGAUGAAAAUUUUCAAGAAGGACAACGGCGACGGGCUGACACCAUCUGCUGCCAUAGAUCAGUUGGGAGAUGAAAUGCUUUCGCAGAUACUCUUAGAAGUGCCAUCACGUGAACUAGUGUUAAAGGCGACCUUUGUGAACAAACAGUGGGCUAAUAUUCUGAGCGACAGUGUUUUUUGGAUUAGAAAAUUAGCCAAAGAAGGAGUGCUUAUAUUGGAUAACUUGAAGACGAAAUUGUUAGAGUGUGAGGAUGAGCAAAUUUGUGUGUUUAUUCUGAAGGCAGUCGCAACUAAAGACUUGACCGCCUUGCCCAUCUGCAGAAAUCUUCUCAAAAAUCCAUAUGCUGCAGAGGGGAAGAGUCAUUGGGAGGAGAAAGGGAGCGGUCAACGUCGAUACCUCAAUACGGAUACUAUAUUCAUUGUGGAAGAAGAACCUAUUGGAGCCGAACCUGUUCCUCCAGAGGCCAGUCCCUAUCAGCAGUGUUUCGUGACAUCUUUCAUGCUUUCGGUUCGAAGUCAAACUGUGAAAAUAUCCAAAAUGAAACGAGAAGUUUUGAAGUUGCUGGAGCCCAGAAUACGAUUCUCACAAUGGGUAUCAGCUCGUCAUGACUGUGGAUCCGAAUGCUACCUUCAGCUGAUAAUGACAAGUAAGGAUGGAAGUGAAAUUCGAUCGCCGCGUGUUGAUUGGAGCACUGCAAAUGGAAUGGAACGUCGUGUAUGGCACAAGAUGGAAGACACUGUUGAAGUUCCUGAAGAACUGACUUCCAUAGACUUUGAAUGCAGAGGUAAAGAUUUGCAGUUUUGGAGAGGACACUACGGCCCAAAGACAACUGGAUGCUCUCUUAUUUUGGAAGUGGAAGGCAUAGUCAUCAAUUAAAAUCCAAUUUAUGACGCUGUGCUUCAGAAUUUCAGUGUAAUAUUAUUUAUAU